AUUACUGCUACGUUUURGUAUAUUUGCCCAAGCUAUGCCCACAUCCAACGAAGAAUACUCUGACAUUAAGGGUGAUUUCACUGAAGGUGAAGCGGAUAUAUCCGAUGAUCCAGAAAUCGAUGAGAUUGCUAAAAGAGAAUAUGAAACUGUUCACGAUCGAAUCCUCGCCAUCAACAUUGCUCAUUGGAACCGGAAAAGAACGCUGAAACAACARAAUAAAGAUGCAAAUUUAUUUGACAAAAUUGAGAAAGAUAAUGAGGCAUUUCAAGAAUAUCUUUACCAGGGAGAUAUUCAAAUGGAUGAAGAAUUAGAAAGAGACCUCCAUAUGCCUGUUAGGACAAGAACGAAAAGGAAUGCAGUUAGAAAAAGGAAAAUGCUUUGGACUUCGAGGGUGAUUCCUUAUUACAUUCCUGGUUUUAUGUCUCGAAUCAGAAAAAACUUCAUGAUUGCCAUACAAGAGUUUCAUUCCAAAACAUGUCUUCGUUUCGUUCCAUAUCAAAGUGGCGUACACAGGAACUACAUAACGUUUGGCAACAAAGAUGGAUGUUCAUCAAUGAUUGGAAAAAAAUACUACAAGUCAGGCAAACAGACCAUUUCCCUGGGAAGAGGCUGCAACGACCCKGGAACAAUAAUCCAUGAAACUCUCCAYGCCCUUGGAUUUUUCCAUGAGCAAGCACGGACAGACCGAGAUAAAUUCGUGAAGAUCGAGUGGCAAAAUAUUUUAGAUGGAUUUGACGACCAAUUUGACAAAUAUUCAUGGAAUGAUAUCGACGAAUUGGGAGUUAACUACGACUAUAAAUCCAUCAUGCACUAUGGCCGCCACGCCUUCACCAAAAAUGGCCAACCUACACUUGUUGCUAUUGGCAACGAAAGACUUGAAUUGGGAAACGAAAACGGCAGGCUUAGCGUAGUCGAUGCCAUCGAGAUAAAUGCACUUUAUGACUGCAAAGUCAAACGAAAGGGCUGGGCAUCAUGGUCCGAAUACACACCAUGUGACGAUAAAUGCUACAAAUCCCGACAGCGAUUUUGCUAUAAUUCUGGGAAUCGCAAAUCAUGCGGAGGAAAUGUCAAUUACUAUGGAAUCGAGAAUCAAGAAAGGAAAUGCACAAAGAUGGAAUGUCUUGCUCGAAAUGCCAGGAACGGCAACUGGGGCCAUUGGUCUUCUUGGUCUGCGUGUAGUGUUAAAUGUGACGAUGGUGUUCAUAGGCGUACUCGGCAAUGYAAUAACCCUCGUCGAUCUAAAUAUGGCAAACCAUGUGCAGGUAGCUCUAAAGAGGAAAAAGUCUGCUCUGCAAGGAGAUGCCACCCAGGUCCCGACGACACAGAUUUUGAUGAUCCAUCAAAUCCCAUGGGAAUGUGGAGCAACAAACCUGGUUGGAAUCAAUUAAAAUGGGUCAGACAUCAAGGUUUUACUAAAACUAUGAACACAGGACCGAUGAGAGACCAUACAACAGGCAAAGGGUACUACUUGUACAUGGAGUCUUCCGGACGACGAAUAAACGAAAAAGCCAUAUUGGUUAGCRAAGUACUCAAACCAAAACAGGGCGGACAGUGUUUGAAGUUUUACUACACGAUGUUUGGGAAAACAAUGGGUUUUCUUAAAGUACAAGUCACUCAAAAUGGCGUACCCAAGAACACCCUGUUUUUCAGAAGGGGAGAUCAAGGCCGAGAUUGGAUUUUGGGGACAGCAAACCUAAAGAACAUACAAGGGGGCUUUAAGCUGGAGUUUAUUGCAAACGUUGGUGGAAGAGGCUACUCAGACAUAGCAAUUGAUGACGUAUACAUUGACGACGGCGAGUGCGAUUGUCAGGACAAGUACGUCUCUUGCCGCAAGUGGUCAGCAAACGRAGGUUGUCAARGAAGUAAAGUCUUUAUGACAAAGAAUUGCAAAAGAAGCUGCCAUGUUUGUGGAAACUUACCUGGCGAAACCCCUGUUGAAGUGAAGAAGUGCGAGGACUUAAAGAAGGUUCAAUGUCCAUUAUGGGCCAAAAAAGGAGAAUGCAGCAAAUCCAAGGAAUAUAUGAACAAAAAUUGUGCAAAAAGCUGCAAAAUAUGCGAAGCAAAAUGUGAAGACUCCGACAAGGUCCAAUGUCCGCUAUGGGCUAAGAAAGGAGAAUGCUAUAAAAACAAGAUAUACAUGCAUAAAAACUGCGCAAAAAGCUGUAAACUUUGCGAGUUACUCUGUGAUGACACCGAAAAAUUCAAAAAGGAAUGUGCAAAAUGGGCGGCAGCAGGCGAAUGCUUGAAGAAUGAGGAUUUCAUGGACACACACUGCCGUAGGAGUUGCAAUAAAUGCAGCUGUAAAGACACGAAWCCUAAAUGCCGUAAGUGGGCAAAAGAAGGAGAAUGCAAGAGGAACCCACAAUACAUGACAUUGCAUUGCAGAAAAGCAUGUCGUGUGUGUAUUGAAGAUAUCAUCGAAAUGGUUCCUCGUGAUGUUUUGUUAAUGUUUAUGUUGUUAUACUGUAGAGAAACUUUCUUAGCUAAGUCAAUGGCUGACCAUGAGACUAGUGCACAAGAUGUUUUCACUGAAGGAGCUGAAGAUAAUCACCAACAAGACAAAUUGCCUAAAGGUCAAGAACUUAUGGAAAUUACAAAGAGAGCUCGAAAUGCCAGGAACGGCAACUGGGGCCAUUGGUCUUCUUGGUCUGCGUGYAGUGUUAAAUGUGACGAUGGUGUUCAUAGACGWACWCGGCGAUGUAAUAACCCUUCUCGUUCCAAAUAUGGUAAACCAUGUGCAGGAAGCUCUAAAGAGGAAAAAGUCUGCUCUACAAGGAGAUGUUACCUAGGUGAGCAGGUGAAUAGGCUCCCUCCUCUCGCAGCCGUUACGAAGUCAGCGACCUGGGAACGAGCUUCAUGA